AUGGACGUCUGCGCAGAUAAAGCGCUGGAAACGACGGUGCUCCAAACGCUGCACGCGCACGGCUUCUCGCGGGCUUCGUCCUCCGCACACCUAACACUGACCGACCUCCUGGCCCGAUACCUCCACCUCCUCGCCUCCACAGCAUCAAGACACGCGGAACAUGCCGGCCGGACGGUACCGGGAGCGAAAGACGCGCUCGCUGCUUUGGACGAGCUGGGCGGCGGGUUGGAGGAACUGGCGGAGUUUGCGAGGGGAGAGGGGAGGGAGAUGGCGCGCUACGUGACCGGCAGGAGCCAGAAGCGGGUCGAGGAUCUGCGGGAGAUGAACGCCGUGCUCGCGCGAGGCGUCGUGCGGCCCGAGGAGCCCGUGCCGCUGGUGUGGGCGCCGUUGCCGGACGGAUAUGUGGAGGACGAGGAAGAGGACGAGGAAGAAGAUGCCGAGGUGCCGAUGGACGUCGACGUGCAGCCCUUUGCGGUGUUCACCGGAAAUGGGAACGGGAAGGACAAAGCGAGGGAAGAGCCGACGUCGCUCCCGACCCCGCCCUCGCCCUCCCAACGACGCACACCAUCACCCCCACCACUACCGCUCUCGCCCGUCUCGAACCCCGCCUCGCCCCGCCCGUCAAAGCGCCAACGACUGCACGCGCACGUGCCGUCGCAUCUCCCGCCUUUUCCCUCGUCAGACGAUAUCCCGCCAUUAUCGCUCUCCUCUGAACCGCUCCCCGAUCUGCACACACAGCACAGGAGAGACAGGGACAGAGAUAGAGAAGAACGUUCGCGCAGAGAACGAAGUCAGACGCCGCCGCCACCGCGACAUGCGAGUGCGGCUCCAGCAGAUUAUACCGCGCCUGUGCCAUACGCCGAAUCAACACUGGGUGGUCUACCAGAAUACCACCUCCCAGGCCCGCCACCCUUGCCACUACUAUCAUCUUCAACCUCUUCCUCAGCCAUUGCGGCUAUACCGGCGAUACAGCCGAGUCUACUGGCGGCAUAUCACCAUGUCCUCACCCACCCCGCACCCGCAGAACCGUUGCCAGCGCCCAGCCCAGCAGCCCGACAUCGCGUCGCAAUGAAGCUCGUCGAGAUAGCCUCAAAAGGCCACAGAUGGGACGCGCCCGCAACGCUCUUCGCCUCGCCCCAGCCCAACUUCCCCAUGGUAUCCGCCCCCGCCCCUUCUUACCCCGUUCCUAUGGAGGAGCUUGAUAAAGCCGGGAAGGUCAAGACGGAAGAUGGAGGGGAGGACGGGAAGGGGAAGAAGGAGAAUGGGAAGGAGAAGGCCAAGUUGCCGCAUGGGCGGCCGAGGGAUGUGGGCGGGCCGCCGUUGGGCGUCGUUGGGCUUGUGGGGAGGCAGGAGAGCCGGGUGCCGGAGCUGGCGAGGGAAGCGCUCAGCGACACAGUCAAGAUGCGCACAAUGUGGCUCGCGCACCCCGGGCCCCUCAAACGCGCCUCGGACGGCCAAGAACUAACCUACGGCCCCGGCAUACCAGCCAUGUGGAACGCCCCGCCCUUACCGCCACCCACAAAGACAGACCCCGCCUCGACCCUGCGCGGCACCGACAAAGAAAAGCGCGCGGAGCGCGAACGCGCGAACCGGGCGCUCGCGGACGCGAGGGUGUUCGCGACGUGGGAGUACGAGGUCAAGAGCCCGCGCGAGGCGGUCAACCUGGCGAGGAAGGGCAAGGGCGCGACUGUUGGCGGGAGGGCGAAGGUGAAUGGGAACGGGAAUGGGAGUGGGGGGAUUAUCGCGAGUGGGAGUGGUGGGUUUGGUGGAGGAGGUGGGUUUGGAGGAGGGUUUGGAGGGGGAGGGGUGAACGGUGUGAACGGCGCGGUGAACGGGUUCGCGAGCGGGAGCGGGGCGGGGUAG